AUGUCUCAACCAGCCAAAAAUGGAAACAUCAUGAGCUUCUUCCGGCCGGUGGCCAGGCCGCAGACUCCUCUGGCGCCGCUGGAACCACAGGCCUCGGAUCCUCCGUCUCCGUCGCCGAUACCUCCAUCAUCUCCGUUCAGCAAGCGCAACACUCCGGCCAAGUCGCGGACCCCGCUCACCCGGGACUUUGAGAUUGGCGCUUCAGACGAUGACGAUGACUUUGGUGCGUCGUCAGAUGACUCGCUCGAGGACCUGUCUGCCAUCCUAGGUCGUGGCCGUCCAGGCACAAAGGCAUAUUCCCCGUCAAAGAAUCUCUUUGCUACCCCAAGGGCCAAGCGAACCGCCAUCGAGUUCCCUUCUUCCCCGCUAACCCUCACCCCGAAGCACAAGUUCGACCUUAGAGCCUUGGCCAAGGAUGCGCGGAAAGACAACGCCACCAACGCAAGCUCGAUGAGAGCUACCGCGCUUGCUGAGCUCUAUGAUGAAGCAGAUAUGGCACCCACCGGCGAGGCAUCUCGUGAUACGCUCGAAGGAAUCGUUAAGAAUGAGGGUGGCCAUGAUGCGCAGAAAGUCCUCAGGGCAGUCCAAAGGUCCGAGGGGGGCCAGUCGCAAUCUCGAUACUGCUUCUUCCGUGAGGAGUAUAACCCUCCUGCUGUAACUGUUCCCAAGAGAGUCAAGAGCCCUUGGAAUCUGUUAACCCAGGGAGAUGAGAAUACCCGCGAGCAGCACCUCGCCUCCGGGGUGCUCAUGACCCUCAUUACGAUGCACGGAGGCUUGCCAGACGCGCUAUUCGACUGGAUGCUAGAUGAGCUAUGCGUCCAAAGAUCGAGUCUCAUCAGGCAAGAGUACUGCAAUCUUCUCAGCAGCUGUCCAGGACAGAUUGAGAAACGGGUGACGCCCCAGCGAUUGGAGCAGUUGUUCUUACUCCUUGGCGCCACUUCCGAGCUCGAGCAACCAAAAUCCAAAUUGACUAUCUCAAAGCUCAGGACAGAGCCAUAUCAGGGUCGUGACUGGUCCUGCCUCGGGCAUUUCCUCGCACUCCUAAAGGCCAUGGCGAGAUUCAUGUCACUACCCGCUGUGUCCUACGCCUCCCAGACACUGCUACGGAUGUCCAUGGACAAAUUCCUCAUUUACAAUAUCGAUCUCCUCGUGGAGUACGAGGAUACUAUCGAGACUCUAUUUGGUGCCAUUCCUCGUCCACAUUGGGACACAUUCUGCUUCGAAACCUGCUCCCUGCUACAUAUCAUCACCAAGGCGCAGUCCGUUAGAGUGAACGCUCUUGCCUGCCUUCCAGUAAGUAAGGCAACGACGCACGAGCUGAGACGACGACUCGCCGUGGUGUUUCUGUUUGGCGAUCCAACUCUCGGUCGCCACCACCCCGACAGAUUCAUAACCAUACCAGGCAUCAUCAACCGCCUGACAGAAGAUGACUUUGCAGUUGGGCCCAAUACAGACUUUGCCGAACUCCAAGCCGGUAUCAUCCUUAUCAACAUUGCCGUCGAUGACGGCUCCUUCGUGAAAACCGACGACCCCGAAGUCGAGAAGCAGUUCAACGCGGAUAUCGACGAGUUGGUCGGCCGCCUGCGACAGAUCUGGAAGAUGAUCAAUGACACAGGCAUGAAAUUGACUCGCACGGAGGCGAAGAGCGUCAUCGAUUGGGUCCAACAACGGCUUGCUCACACCGUCCGGACGCGGAAGAAGGCCAGAGAAAACCAUUACGAAUUCCUAGGGGAGAAGAAAGACACGUCUCUGCCGAAGCAACAGAACUACAUGAAGAAUUUCCUCCGCAAGCCAUCGCCACCGCUUGGGGUUGGAGACACCAUCGUUGUUGCGGGGUUAUAG